ACACACACACACUCUAAAAUGUUGUGUUUGUCUUUCAGUGCCCCCCCGAUCCAACUCCUUUAUAUCAGUCGGCCGAAGCAAAGGGCACCUUUCUUACGCGCUGGGUCACUUUCAAGCACUAAUGGCCUCUAAGUCAGUGGAGGGUGGGGAUUUGCUAUCAAACAAAUAAAUUAAGUUGCUUUGGGAGUUUUCUGUCAUACUUAAACAUCAACAUUUGCUCCUCAAUAUGUGUGCCCAGUUGACCAGUUUGGCACAUAGCCACACAGUAUUGUAUGUGGUUAAGCUGGUUGUGCUUCUGCUCUCAGAUCUAAUCCUAGAUUUGGAUGCUGACAUUGUACCCUUGAACUCAAUUGCUUUGUCUUUGAAAGUUACAUGAAGGCCAUUAGAGGAGGUUCCUUGUUGGCAUCCCAGGUUUCACUGCCUUUGCAUGGUAAAAGGCUAGGUCAGGCUGGUUAAACCUUUACCAUAAAUACUAAGACUCACUCCCAUGACCCAAGAUGGCUUUGGUGGCUUUUGUUCAUCCCAUUAGCCAGAAGCUUCAGGUGUGCGAAAGUAGGGUAUAGAUCGGGGUAUCUGCACCUCUGCGCAAAGCUGGGUGCCAUAGUAAUGGUUAAAAAAGAUGGUCAGAGACCUUGGGUGAGAACCAUGGUGGAGUUAUGAGAGGGUUGUUACGGCUGCACCCAAAGGCCUGCCGCUUGGGUUGUCCUUACACUAGUCUAGACCCUUCUUUACUUGUUAGUUCUUCACAAUUUUAUCUUGAAAAGUUAUCCGAACUCUGAUUGUUAAACAAUGUUACCGGGAAAUGUUUUUUAAAAUUUUGAUUAAACCUCAGUGUUUUCUGCAUGGGGGGUGAUGGGGUUCAGGCUUUAAACCAGGAAAGGGAAGGUCACGUUGCAGUAGGAUGCUUUAAGAGUCUUCUUGUUAGGGCCUUUGCACCGUAACCAGUAGCGUCUGCAGUGAUGGUAACCCUUGCCAUCUUCCACGCCCCUGAGGUGCCAUCAAGCCCGUGUGAUGCUCACUCCUCCAUUCUUUUCCUGUCUCUUCCAGGGUUGUAGGCAGUGGGAUCAAGAAAGAAGGGAGCUUUAAGAGAUCAGGCCUUGCAGAUCCACUCCCGUGGAUCUAUUCCCUCGCAUCCGUUCCACUCCCUUCUGGCCUCCGGGGCAAUACCCUGGUCCUCUCAGCACUCCCACAAACACAACGGUCUCCAUCGCUGUGAGCAUCUCCCUGAACUCUGCUGGGGUCUAAAAGAAUGACAAGAGGGUUGCUGUGUGUCGGCGUUUUUGGGUUCUGCAUCCUCCUCACGCUGACAGCUGAAGGCGGGCAGAACCCGGACCACGUGCUCCAUGGUACCGGACCCGAGCCCAAACGCUCGAGGCCCGGGGAUGAUGCAACCAUGGCCCCCGAGGAUGCGGCUCGUUUCCUCAGCUGCUAUUGCUCAGGCCACUGCCCGGAGGAUGCCGUCAACAACACCUGCGAGACCAAUGGUCAAUGUUUCGCCAUCAUCGAGGAAGACGAGCACGGCGAGCAGAUCCUCACCUCUGGCUGCAUGAAGUAUGAAGGGUCCCACUUCCAGUGCAAGGAUUCCCCAAACGCCCAGACAAGACGCACCAUCGAAUGCUGCCAGACGGACUUCUGCAAUCGGGACCUGCAGCCGACACUCCCCCCCCGCAUUCUCCCAGAUCUGCUCACCAGCGCCCACUGGCUUGCCUUCCUCAUAUCGGUCACUGUGUGCUGCUGCACCCUCGUAGUCCUCACGGUGGUCUGCUACUACCGGUACAAAUGGCAAAAUGAAAGGCGGCGUUACCGCGGUGACCUGGAGCAGGACGAGGCCUUCAUCCCCCCUGGCGAGUCGCUUAAAGACAUCCUCAACCAGUCCACUUCAGCCAGCGGCUCCGGUCUCCCACUCCUGGUGCAGCGCACCAUUGCCAAGCAGAUCCAGAUGGUGCGUCCCAUUGGCAAGGGGCGCUACGGCGAGGUGUGGCUGGGCAGCUGGCGUGGCGAGAAAGUGGCCGUCAAGGUAUUCUUCACCCGUGAGGAAGCCGGCUGGUUCCGAGAGACCGAGAUCUACCAGACAGUCCUCAUGAGGCACGAGAACAUCCUCGGUUUCAUUGCAGCGGACAUCAAGGGCACGGGAGCAUUCACGCAGCUCUUCCUCAUCACGGACUACCACGAGAACGGCUCCCUGUACGACUAUCUGAAGGCGACGACGCUGGACGCCCCGGCCCUGCUGCGACUGGCAUACUCGGCGGCCUGCGGCCUGUGCCACCUGCACACGGAGAUCUACGGGACACACGGCAGGCCGGCCAUCGCCCAUCGUGACCUCAAGAGCAAGAACAUCCUGGUGAAGAAGAACGGCACGUGCUGCAUCGCCGACCUCGGGCUGGCUGUUAAGUUCAACAGGGACUCUAACGAGGUGGAUGUGCCCCUGAGCACACGGACCGGAACUAAGCGGUAUGUGGCUCCCGAGGUGCUGGACCAGAGCAUGAACAAGAACCAGUUCCAGGCCUACCUCAUGGCAGACGUCUACAGCUACGGGCUCAUAGUGUGGGAGAUGGCCCGGCGCUGCGUCACGGGAGGAAUAGUGGAGGACUACCAGCUGCCGUACUAUGACAUGGUGCCCUUGCACCCAUCGUACGAGGACAUGCGCGAGGUGGUGUGCAUCAAAGGCCUGAGGCCUACUGUGUCGAACCGCUGGAACGGUGACGAGUGUCUGCGGGCCAUGCUGAAGCUGAUGUCUGAGUGCUGGGCCCAGAACCCCAUGUCACGGCUGACAGCGCUGCGCAUCAAGAAGACCCUCGCCAAAAUGGUGGAAUCGCAAGACAUCAAAAUCUGAGCAGGGGCCCCUCCUGAGAGCUGGGAGAGACUCGUCUUUUCGGCUGGAAUUUUUUCUCCCGCGUCACUGUAAUAAAUUACUGCUUCGCUUGUGGAAGGGUGGAGAGGAGGUCGCAGUGCGGGAGGAGAGCACCCACCCCUCGGCCCCUCGGUGGGAAAAAUGCCGUGGAUCGUGCGCAAUGUGCGCCCCCUGCCGUGUAAAGCAUGCUAUAGCAGGCUUUUUAGGAUCAGAGCUCGACAGGAGAGCGACGGUUUUCACCAGGCGCAUCGGGCGAGUUGCACUUUGCACACGGAAUGUUCUCGAAGGCCCACCGUGCUCGAUGCUUUCUGUGAAAGCCGUGGAGUUCAUCGUUUGGAGGGAGUGAGACAUCAGGUACCAGGGAAUGAAAGGGCUUCUGGGAAGGAGGGUGAUUCCAUCUCUGAGGGAUGUGGGACUAGGACCCUGAUCUCCCAUGGAUUCCCACAAGUAACCCUAUGGGAAGUCAUGUGCAUUUUUUUUUUUUUUGUUGUUGAGUCUCACUAUCAGAUCAAAAUUGAAAAGAA